GAAGAUAACACAAAUUUCUUUCAGGCUGGACCAUUAACCAAAGUGACGAUUUGUAAGGACAAAGAAGGAAAACCCAAGUCUUUUGGAUUUGUCUGCUUUAAGCACAAAGAAUCAGUGCCUUAUGCAAUAGCUUUGCUGAAUGGAAUCCGUUUGUAUGGAAGACCAAUUAAAGUGCAGUAUCGGUUUGGGAGUUCUCACUCACCAGAACUAAACAGCCCUACACAUGGUUUUGAGAACUAUAUUGACUUAUAUUCACCUUCAUAUAGGUAUCAAGAGCCUUAUGGAAAUCCUCCAUUUCCUGUUACUCCUUUUCCAAUGAACAAUAGUUUACCUCAUGAAUACUCAGGCUUUCAAAAGAUGAAUCAAGCUGCAAAUUUUAAGUCUGCACAGAGUUCUUUUGAAUUGGCCCUGCCACAGUCAAGUGAUGGUGAAGUGCACCAAGUGGAUGAAAGCACCUCUAAAAGAAAGAGAGAACAGCGAAGUUGUGACAGUGACACUAGUAUCGAGGAUGACAAAAUCAGACAAAGACAGCGUGACCAAAAAUACAAGAAGCGCAAAGUCAAGAAAAAGACGCAUUAA